UUUUACUGAUACUGCAUUGAGUACUAAUGCAUUCAGAUGUCUUUUAACUGUGAUUUGUUUCUAAAUUAUGUGCAGUUACAUAUACAAUGAUAGAACACCCUUUGAGAAGCUUCCAGAUAAGUAUUUCUGCCCUGUCUGCGGGGCUCCCAAACGGAGAUUCAGGCCAUAUUAAUUUCUUAAUUGUUAUAGCUUCUUCUCACACAGUGAUCUUGUCUUGUCAGGCCCCUCCUUGCCUUGCAUCGCAUGGCCACCUUACGGCGUGAUGAGCUGGGUCAGGAAACCCUUCUCAACCUGCUACUUCGCAAUUACCUUCAUUAUAACUUGUAUGACCAGGCCGAGAAACUGAGGUCAAAGGCCCCACGUUUCGAAGCACAUUCCAAUCAGCAGUUCUGCCGCUACCUGUUCUACUUAGGAAAGAUCAGGACCAUUCAGUUGGAAUAUACUGAUGCCAAAGAAAGCCUUCUGCAAGCUGCUCGAAAAGCUCCUGCUGGAGCAUGGGGUUUUCGAAUCCAAUGCAACAAGUGGGCUGUGAUAGUCCGCUUACUUCUAGGGGAAAUCCCUGAGAAAACUGUUUUUAUGCAGAAAGGCAUGAAGAAGGCUUUGACACCCUAUUUUGAGCUUACAAAUGCUGUGCGAAUUGGAGAUCUGGAGCUGUUUAGGACCGUCGCAGAGAAGUUUGCUGGCACUUUCUUGAAACACUUGUGCUUUCAGGAAAGCGUUACCUGUUGCCAUAGUGCUUGGAGUUGCAGGGCUAGCUGGCUUGUAUUUCUACCUCAACAAUGCCUACUAGUGUGAGCAAGGAGCAUCAUGAGGCUCCUCUUUUCUUCAUUCUGAAACUGGUCGAGUCAAUAUUAGUAUUCAUAAUGUACUGUCAUCUGUAACAACAGAAUAAGUUAAUGUACUUAUGUUUCCAAUUUCAAGUUGUGAGGUUUCUGUUAAA